AUGGGGAACAGCACUAUCCUGGGGAUUACUACAACAGGGACUACCACCAAAGGGACCAACGCCACUACAGAGACCACCGUGGGGAACAAUGCCACCACAGAGAACAAUGGUACCCCGGGCAACAGCUCCACUCGGGGGAACAGUGUCACCACGGAGAGCAACGGCACCUCGGACAACAGCAGCAACACCUUGGGCCACAACAUCACCUCAGGGACCAAACAUAUCUUGGGGAGCAACGCAAUCACAGGGAGCAAUGCUACCACAGAGACCAAAAUCUCGGAGAUCCGCAGUAUCAUGGGGAAGAAUAUCGUCGCAGGGAUGCGUACUACCCUGGGGAACCAAGCCCAGGGGACCAACAGUAUCACGGCGAGCACUACCGCCACAGGGAUCAAUGUCCUGGGGAGCAAAACCUCAGAGAUCAACGCUUCCAUGGGGAACAAUGUCACUAUCAGGAUUCAGGCCCCGCAGAGCAACAGUAUCUUGGGGAAUACCACCGACAGCCAAAUCCCGGAAAGCAGCGCUACCUGGGGGAACAGUUCCACCAUCGAGAACCAAGCCACGGAGAACAGCGGUAUCCUGGGGAGCAGUUCCAGCACAUGCAACCAAACCACACAGAGCAGCGAUAUCUUGGGGAGCAACGCCAUCACUCCGGAGAACGUUUCCGUGGGGAACGCCUCCUCGGAGAGCGUCUCCAUGGGAAACAACGGUUCGCUGGGGAUCAGCACCCACUCUGGGAACAACACCCCCAUGGAGACCAGCGCCCCCACAGAGAACAAAACCCUGGAGAAUAUCAUCACAGAGAACAAUACUGCCGUGGGGAACAGUUUCACCACAGGGAACAACAGUGCCACCCCGGGGAACAAGCUUACCACAGAGAACCACGACAUGUCGGGGAACAAAAUUUUCGAGAACGUCAGCCUGGGGACCGUCUCUACAGAGAACAAUGUCUCCUUGGGGAUCAGCGAAGACACCUUGGGGACCAGUGCUACCACAGGGAUUCAAGUCUCGGGGACCAGUGCUACCAUGGGGAGCGCCAACACAGGGAGCAAAGCCUUGGGGAACAGUACCAUCCCUUUGGAGGACGACACCCCGUGCCGGGGCACUGGGAUAAACGAAACAGCACUGUGCGGUGGUGAGCCCAGCUCUGGAGAAAGUACAGAAGACAUCAGCCUAAGGGAGUUUAUCUGCAACAAGCUGAAUGACUCUGCCUGCCAUUUGAUCACUAUGAAGGCUUUGUGGACCAUUAUGCUACAAGGACGCCUGGAUUUUAAGGACACCGCAUCCCUGCACUGGUGGUUCCAGGUUCUCCUCCGGCGCUUUCUGGUAUCAUUGUCCAGAGAAGAUCUACGAUGCCUCCCCCUCGGUACCCUAGGCUGUGAACAAUACCAGGCCAUGUAGGUUUACUAGGCACUGGACCCCUUUUCCAUCUUCCCAGAACCUAAAA